CAAUGUAUAAAGAGCCAAGAGAAGAAAACAUAACAUUAAAAUGCACGAACAAAGUGCGCCGAUCGCCAUGAGAGGAUAUAGCUGCAGUCCUUGAUUCGGAGUCUUCUUCCAGAGGAUGUCAGGGACAGCAAAUGCGGAAUCGGAGGGAGUCUCCAAAGUUCAAAUAAAAAGGCAGAUCAAGACAAUCGUGGAAGAUUUGGAGAACAUCUUAGGGGACUUGAAGGAUGUAGCGAAAGAACUCAAAGAGGUUGUUCAUGAAAUAGACUCCCUGACCUCAGACCUCCAGCUGGAGGAGACGGCAAACAGCUCGAAGACUGACACACUGAACAGCAGCUCGAGCAGUACCACAACCACUACCACUGCCUCCAGCAUUGAGAGAAUCAAGAUCUACCCUGAAGACGCCUUCCUCAGACCUCCGCCCAUGGCCUCUGGCAUGCUCACAGUACUGAAGAGGACCCAUCCUCCUCUCCCACCCCCUCGCUUGAUGCCAGCCCGAGUCGAGGACCACAGCAAGAGCCUGUCCUCAGGGAACCAAGCCAAAGAGAACAGAACACUCAUGCGCAAUGGCGUCUUCUCUACAAAGCCCAUUAACAUACCCGGCAGAGAUUCGGUAUGCAUGCCUAAAAGCUCGACAGAGAAAGGACUGACUCUGAUACCCCUUCUGCGGCACAAAAAAAGCCGAUGUCCCCAGGUGACACGGGAACGGGUGCGAUUCAGCGAAAAGGUCCAGUACCACGGCUACUGCCCGGACUGUGACCUACAGUACGACAUUGACAACACAGAUAUGCACUUACACAGUGAGCUUUUUGACAUGAAGCUAAGCCCCAUUCAUCAAUGCUCCUCCAUGGCCCCAGCCCAUGUUCUGAUGGAAAACGGUGGGCUGAGCCUCAGUCACAGCUUUCCUCCUUCAACUCAACCAUGUGUGCCUCAUCACGCUACUCCAAAACCACAGAAAACCAUACUACGCAAGUCCACCACAACAACUGUUUGAUAUAAAAAUCCCCCUAAACAGACAUUUAAUAAUCUUUUAUAUGUUUUAUUUAAUGUCAUAAGCACUUUCUACUGCAAUAUAAAAUGGAUUACCUGAAGAUGAAAAAGGAAAGAGGCUACGGGGAUGGCUUACUUCACUGGAAGUCAAAAGAAAGUAAGUGAUCGGUCCCUUUGUGACUGAAGAAAUACCAUAUUGAUCACCUGAUCACCUCAAUUUCAUGUGAUGCUCAUUGAGGGCUCACUUCAGAAUGCUCUUAGAUCGCUACCAAAGGAUCCAUCACAGACAAAGAAAAAAGUAUGACAAGCAAGACUACUCACCUGAGUCAUCUACAAUCAGUUUAAUCAUAAUGGCCAAAGGGUAUAAAAUGUUGUUUGUUGUGGAAACACAUAUGUGAUUCUAUCAGACAGGUUUGUGUUUGUGUUGCAAAAAAUUAUCUUUGAAGAGAAGAAGGGAGUCACUACAAAUAUUUUCUUUUUCAUUCCAUAUGGUAUUCUGUUCUAUUUCUGUAGCAGAAAUCCUACAGUGAGCUGAAAAUUAACUGUAGUGACUAUAUUGGAGAAAAGUACCAUAUUGUUGCUGCUGAAAAUGUGAAAAAAAUUUAAUAGGAUCCACUUUAUUCAUCUUGUGUAAUUAGUAUCAUAUUUAAAUAAUAAUAAUAAUAGCAAAGCCCUUUCAAAUAUUGCCUUUGAAUGAUAUGGUAACUUCUGGAAGAUAUAGAGAAAUUUAAGUGUGAAAACACAAUAUAUGUUUUAUAAAAGAGGAUUUUGAAAUUAUAAAAGAACAUAUUUUUGAUAUUUCUUAGAAUGAUUUUAAAGAUUGAUUUCUUUUUUCUGGUGUGUAAUCUCUGCAGGGCAUUUAUUUACAUAAUUUAUUUAUGUAUUAUUCAAAGAUAUAGGAAAUGUCUAAAAGGUUUUUGUAUAUUUUGUGUGUGUGGUUAUGUGUGAUUGUGUUUCAAAAAACAAAUUAAUUUGUUUCAUGUAUACACUCUAACAAAAAUAUUGGAAUUCUCGACAAGCCUGUCAUGCAUUAUGCUCUUUUAAUGGGAACAUAUAAGUGCUUUGUCCUAAAAUAUUUUAUAAUACAGCCCAUGUACACUCUAAGAUGCACAUUUGCAUCUGAUGACUAAUACCACUGUUCCAUAUCUAGAAAUAUAGUAUUAUUUCUGAUAUUGUGCAACAGCUACAAGCCAUUUAACCUAGAAAUAAAUAUUUUUACUCUUCUGAGGAUGUUAACAAUAGGAGACGUCCAGUAAGUAGAAUACUUUUAUGUAGUCCACUCUAGUUUCUUGUGUGUUACCUGGAGACAGUGAAAAUAUUGGAAAAAUGGGUAGUCAUCUUCUUGGCCAUUUGUAAUUUAUUUUUAAACAGUACCACCACAUUUUGAACCAAAUAACAGUUGUAAAGAUGGACAUGACCAACAAAAUAGACACAACCAUAAAAAAGAAAAAUUUCUGUGGGUUUUUAAGAUGUCAUUCUUAGCACUUUGCACUGUAAAUCCAAGACUUUAUACAGUGGGAUAAAGGUCUGCUUUAAUAUGUGAAAUACAGAGUGAUUUGCAAUAGAUUUUGCUUUCUCUUUGUGUGUCUUUCUGUGUUUAACUUUCUGUGUGAGCAUGUAAGCAUCGUCUGCUAUUUAAUCUUUUGCCACAUUAGGCUUUUGCUAAAAGAAAUGCAAACCAAAUAGAUGGAGAAUACAAAGCACUUCUGUAAGGCAAUCUGGAUUAGGGGAGUGUGGUAAAUGUAAAUGUAGAAUAUAUAGAAUUCUCCUAAUGAAUCUGACACUGGAGUAGUGCAGUACCACUGACUCACACAAGAGUGUAUAACCACUGUCAUUAGGAAACAUGGUGAAGAUAGCAACAUACACAUGUGCUGCUAGUGCUUCAAGCAGAGAGACUGCACCAUUACACUGGAGCCCCAAACACAUUAUAACAUUAUUAUGAGCCAUGCCCACCCCAAGCAAAGCAAAGUCUUUUAAUAGGUAAGAUC